AUGAAGUUCUCAUCACUUGUGGUAGUUUUGGGGCUCGCUGGCUCUACUAUUGGAGAUGACUCCUUCCAGCAAAGCUGUGACUCUAUGAUAAAGAAGAUCAAUAUCUCGAACGUUCAUGUCCAUUUCGUCGAUUAUGUCCCCGCUGGCACCAACUUGACCUUCCCGGACAGGGUUUCUUCUUGCUCACAAGGUCCGCAGCCAGUGAGCGUCGAUCUAUGUCGUGUUGCAAUGGCUGUAGCUACCUCGAAUGACAGCCAAAUCUCACUCGAGGCCUGGUUGCCUCGCAACUAUACCGGUCGAUUCCUCAGCACCGGAAACGGAGGCCUAGGCGGAUGUAUUCAGUACUAUGACCUCGCAUACGCUGCUUCUUUGGGGUUUGCAGUUGUCGGUGCAAACAAUGGCCAUAAUGGGACAUCGGGCGAGCCAUUCUUCCGACACCCCGCGGUCGUCGAGGAUUUUGCCUACCGGUCUAUUCAUACCGGCGUCGUCGUCGGUAAAGAAUUGACCAAGAGUUUUUAUCCGCAAGGAUUCAAGAAGUCCUACUAUCUGGGUUGUUCGACCGGUGGAAGACAAGGCUUCAAAUCAGUUCAAAGAUUUCCUCACGACUUUGAUGGAGUUGUCGCCGGUGCCCCUGCCAUGAACUUUAUCAACCUCAUAUCCUGGGUUGGCCACUUCUACCGAAUCACUGGGUCCAAUGAAACCGAUACCUAUUUGUCCCCCGCCUUGUGGAGUGUCGUGCACGAGGAGAUCACUCGUCAAUGUGACGGCAUGGAUGGUGCGAUAGAUGGUAUCAUCGAAAAUCCCGAUCUUUGCCACCCAGUUAUCGACACUUUGAUCUGCAACCCAAGCAGCAACCAAACAGCCUGUCUCAGUGGUGCACAAGCCCACACUGUGCGUCAGGUUCUAUCGCCAAUGUACAGCCAAAACGGCACUUUACUUUACCCAAGGAUGCAACCAGGCUCUGAACUCGUAUCCUCUCAAGUUUUAUACACUGGGCAGCCAUUCUCCUUUUCAACUGAUUGGUUCCGCUAUGUGACAUAUAGUGACCCGAACUGGAACCCAGCAUCGCUUGAUGUUCAUGCUGCCCAUGACGCCUUGGAACAAAACCCCUACGAUAUUCAAACAUGGGAUGCUGAUCUGUCGUCGUUUCAAUCUGCCGGGGGGAAAUUACUUUCAUACCACGGCACCCAAGACUAUUUAAUCAGCUCUGAGAAUUCCAAACUUUACUACUCUCGGGUGGCAGAGGAAAUGAAUAUGUCACCUUCGGAACUGGACGACUUCUAUCGCUUCUUUCCAAUUAGUGGCAUGAGUCACUGCAUAUCUGGGACAGGCGCCUCGCUGAUCGGGAACACCGCGCAACAAUUUAGCGGAACAGACCCUGAAGACAACGUCCUGAUGGCAAUGGUGAAAUGGGUUGAGGAAGGCAUUGCGCCCGAGACAGUCAGGAGAUCCAAGAAUGGAGACAAUGGAGAGCUUCUGUAUCGCAGAAAGCAUUGUAAAUGGCCAAAGCGCAAUGUGCAUGUCGGCCCUGGGAACUAUACGGAUGAGAAUUCAUGGCAAUGCGUCUGA